AUGAGCGGCAUUGACGCGGCCAUUUGCCGUGCAGAGGAGAAUUACUGGGAGAACCUUGUGCUGAGACGGAAGGCGUGCAAGGGAACUUUGUACCCGCCACCAGCAUCCAUGACAGAUGUCGUAAUGAAAACUCUCGUCCUCAUCCCCACGUACCCAUGCCCGGCGAAUGAGCGCAUUGGGGAGUGGGGGGACGGUGGAAAGUGGACUUGCCUGCUGCCAGGCGCCAUUCAGAAGGAGCCUGUCGUGUACAGCAUUGGGAGCUUCGGGCAGUACUCAUUCGAAGACUCUAUCCACAAGAUUCUGCAUGUGCAGCCACACACGUUCGACCCGUUCCUCGUUCCCGCCACCGCAGCCCGCAUGCAAAACGUCUCUUGCCUCCACUUCCACCCCAUCGGCCUGUCUGCUGCCUCCGAGCUCCAAAACUACACCGCCAAGUUCCCUACCAUGCAGUUCAUGACUCUGGGAGGGAUCAUGCAGCUUCUCAACCAUACAUAUGUUGACGUUUUCAAGAUUGACUGCGAGGGGUGCGAGGAGGCGCUGAUUCCGGAGAUCGGGGCGGCGAAUGGGAAUGCGGCUUCGCAGCUGAGCGUGCACGGGGGGACGCUGCCGUUUGGGCAGAUCUUGGUCGAGUUUCACAA